AUGGACGUCGUCACAGCAGCCUCGGGGUACAUCUCCAAGAUGGUCACCGUGGGGGAGGCGACUGCGGCAUCCAAGAUGAAGAUCCUCCUGUUGGACAGUGAGACGGUCCCAAUCGUCUCAACGGCAAUCACGCAGUCCGCUCUCCUCAAUCACGAGGUCUAUCUGAUCGACCGCCUGGACAAUGCCGCGCGCGAGAAGAUGCGCCAUCUGCGGUGCAUAUGCUUUGUACGACCAUCCCCUACCUCGAUCCAGUUCCUGAUCGACGAGCUACGCGAGCCGAAAUACGGCGAAUAUUAUAUCUUUCUGAGCAACAUUAUCCGGAAGUCCGCCCUCGAACGAUUGGCCGAAGCGGAUAGCCAUGAAGUCGUGCAGCUGGUACAAGAACAAUUUGCCGACUUCCUGGUCACCAACCCAGACCUUUGCUCGAUGGGCAUGGGCUUCCCCUUGCAGAGGAUAUGGAGCCACUCGCCCGACCUGUGGAAUCCGGACUCCCUGCAGAGAGCGACGGAAGGCGCGCUGGCGCUGCUACUGGCGUUGAAGAAGAACCCGCUCAUUCGAUACGAGAAGAACAGCUUGCUGGCCCGCAAGCUAGCCACCGAGGUCCGAUACCAUAUCACACAAGAGGAACAGCUGUUUAAUUUCCGCCGGACGGAUACACCGCCUAUCCUGCUUGUGCUCGACCGCCGCGACGAUCCCAUCACCCCACUGCUGACCCAGUGGACGUAUCAGGCAAUGGUCCACGAAAUGCUUGGCAUCAACAAUGGUCGUGUUGAUCUACAGGAUGUCCCCGAGAUCCGGCCCGAGCUGAAGGAGAUCGUCCUGGCUCAGGAUCAAGAUCCGUUUUUCAAGAAGAACAUGUACCAGAACUUCGGAGACCUGGGUCAGAAUAUUAAAGAAUAUGUGGAGCAGUAUCAGACAAAAACGCAGAGUACGGCGAAUAUCGAAUCCAUCACCGAUAUGAAACGCUUUGUGGAGGACUACCCGGAGUUCCGCAAGCUGGCCGGCAAUGUGAGCAAGCACGUUACCCUCGUCGGCGAACUCAGUCGGCAAGUCGGGGAGAACACCCUCCUCGACGUGAGUGAAUUAGAACAAAGUCUUGCAUGCAGUGAUAACCACUCCAAUGACCUCAAGUCCCUCCAACGAAUUAUCGGACUGCCCAAUGUGCAGGCAGACAACAAGCUGCGCUUAGUAGCCCUCUAUGCUCUUCGUUAUGAGAAACAACCCAACCACGCCCUACCUAUCCUCCUCGACCUGCUCGUGACAGCAGGCGACGUCCCCUCUAACCGCGUCAACCUAAUUCCCAAGCUCCUCACUUAUCACCAUUCUCUCCAAGCUCCCCCCGUUGCUGGGGGAUUCUCCGAUCUCUUUGAAUCAACCUCCUUCUUCUCUGGUGCGCGUGAUCGUUUCAAGGGCCUCAAGGGCGUCGAGAAUGUUUAUACCCAACAUUCCCCCCGGUUGGAAGUAACUAUUCAGAACCUGAUCAAAGGUCGCCUGAAAGAACUCCAAUAUCCCUUCUUGGAAGGCAGUGGGCACACGCGCGACAAGCCACAGGAUAUUAUCAUCUUCAUGGUUGGUGGUGUCACCUAUGAGGAGGCCAAGAUGGUUGCCCAGGUCAAUGCAAGCUCACCAGGUGUCCGGGUGGUCUUGAGCGGUACCUCAAUUCACAAUAGUACGACCUUCUUAGAGGAGGUCGAUGAUGCAGUGAGCAGUUGGCCGGAACCAGGACCCUCGACGGCUGCGGGACGGCUGCGACGGGAGGUUGGUCGUUAG